CCCCACCACAGAGGAGUUCAGAAAAGACUCUGAGAGAGAGAGAGACAGAGAGUGUGUGUUUCUCCAUCCUUCCCUAUCCCCACCGCCUCCCCUUUCUCUCUGUAUUUCUGUCAUUUGGGCGUAAUGGCAGCAAAGUGUCACUGAUUGAAUCAUUAUAUCUAGAGUUCUUUUGAAGUCUGAGCCGCCACCGUCAAUCCAGGACAAGGAAAAAGCAAAUAAAAGACAACCAAACCAAAAGAAGAAAUAGAGAGGGAGGAUUCAAUUCACUGUUGAAAACCAACUCUACAGCCUACAGUAGGCAAUUCUAAAAAAGAUUCCCCGCCUGCAUCACUCUCUUCUCUUCCAUUCCUCUGCGAGGUCGCAACUGGCAACACAGUUCUUGCGCUCAUGACCACCGCCGGUACUCACCUGGGCAACUAACGUGCCACCAUGGGCGACUCCACCGACGUCGCCAAGACGUUCCGGGAUCUGGUCGAGAGUGCGGACCGUAAGUUUGCUAGAGUCAGGGACGUGCAGCCGUACGGGCGUAGGCAACAUGCCUAUUUUCACAAGGUAUUUAAGGCUUACACGAAGCUCUGGAAAUUCCAGCAGGAGAACCGCAAGAAACUCGUAGAGGCCGGUCUGCAGAGAUGGGAAAUAGGAGAAAUCGCGUCUCGGAUCGGUCAGCUCUAUUUCGGACAAUAUAUGAGGACGUGUCAGGCCAGAUUUUUGUUCGAAUGCUACGUAUUUUACGAAGCGAUCCUUAAUAGGGGCUAUUUCGAGGGAACGAAAGGGUCGCCGAAGGAUAUGAACUUGCUGGGCUUGCGUUACAAGGAAUUGCGAUUCUAUGCCAGGUUUCUGGUUGUUGCUUUGCUCUUAAAUCGGCUCGAGAUGGUACACGUGCUCGUGGAUCGGUUCAAGGCUAUCCUUGAUGACUGCAGAGCUACUUUUCCGGAAACUAAUUUUAAAGAGUGGAAGCAAGUGGUCCAAGAAAUUGCUCGGUUUCUGAAAGUUGAUGUGACCCUUAUGAAUACCAGGCCUCUCAGAUAUUGUGCUCUGUAUGAUUCUCAUCCAACAUCACAACCAUAUGUGGCCCGUUUCCAUGCAAACAGGGUUCUGAAAUUCCAAGACGCAUUGCUAACAAGCUAUCACCGGAAUGAGGUCAAGUUCACAGAAUUUACUCUGAAUACUUUCAGAAUGCUUCAAUGUUUGGAGUGGGAACCAAGUGGUUCUUUCUACCAAGAGCGUUUAGUGGAAUCAAGUGAUAAUGGUGCUUUGAAUGAUCGGUCUGGACCCUCUGGACUUAUUGAUAUAAACCUUGCUGUGGAUAUGACUGAUCGAACCCUGCCCCCAAAUCCAAAGAAAACUAUUCUCUAUCGUCCAUCAACAACUCAAUUGCUAGCAGCUAUUGCCAUGGUAUGUGAGGAGCUCCCCCCAGAUAGCAUUGUGCUAAUAUAUCUAUCAGGAUCAGGGAAGUUUGGUCGGACUGUUGCUUCUCAAACCAAAGCUUCCAGAACUUCAAUGGCCUCCUUGGAUAUGAAAUUUCGCACCCAUGAACAUGAGAAAUCACUGCCUGAAGUUCCUAACUGUGACAAAGGAGACUCAACUGACUGUUCUGGGAAUUAUUUGUGGUUGGGUCCCAGAGGAAGUGCAGGUUCAAAUAUGCUUUACCCUGGUGAUAUUAUUCCUUUUACUAGAAAGCCACUUUUCCUGAUCAUUGAUAGUGAUAACAGCCAUGCAUUCAAGGUUAUUCAUGGUGAAGAAAGGGGGGAAAGAGCUGCCUUGCUUCUUUCUCCUUCAAGGCCAGUAUUUCGGAACCAAUCUGGUGCUGAUCUAACACAGAAUGGUAGUCAAUUUACAUUUUUCCUCACUGCUCCUUUGCAAGCUUUCUGCCAACUGCUUGGCCUCUCCCAAUGUGGUGAAAGUACUGAUGUCUAUAGUAAAGCUGACAACAUACUUUGCACUGCCUUCUCGGAAUGGGAAGAGAUGCUCUGUACAACGACUGACCUAGAUCUGGUCUGGGCUCAAGUAUUAUCUGAUGCAUUUCUACGGCGGCUUAUUCUCAGGUUUAUAUUCUGCAGGUCUGUUCUAUUCCUCUUCUGUCAUUCUUUAGAUGGUAAUUGUGAUCAAUGUCGGCCCAAUUGCCUACCACAUCUUCCUGAGUCUGUCUCUUCUAACUCUGAAGUGGUGCAAUCUAGUGUCCGCCAGCUAGCCAACAUUUUUGAUGUUGCAGAUUGUUUUAACUUCAAGGAUAAAUAGUUGAAACAUAGGGAGAUCCAUGAAGGUCUAUACUUAAUUAAGGUAGUGGUCUUCUGGAAUCCCAGUAUUUGUUAAUUUGAUGGGAGUCCUGGUACAUAACUGCCAGGGCUCCAUUUUCGUCAAUGCCCUAGAGGAAAAACAAGCAGUGAUAGCUCACUGAACCAGUUUUGAGAGAAAAAACAAACCAAUGAAUUUAUUCUAGUGAGCAAUUUAGAGGGGAAUAUUUAUUGGGGAAGGGUGUGCUCAUGGUUAUUACAUAUUGGGCAAACCCAUUCUUUCAUCAGUUUUCUUGUUGUUGUUUCAGAUGGCUGUUGAUGUUUUGCAGGGUAUGUUCCUUUCUCUGUGUCAAUUUGUCUAUGGAGCAUUAUGCUGCAUAAUUUGAUUUUAACGGGCAAGUGGUGUAAGAAAGUAGAACUGAUUUAUAUGUACCUUGUAAAAGAAACUGAGUAAUCAAUGAGAAAAAUGAUUUUUUCCA